AGGAAUGUGUCAACCAGCAAAUAUAAAGCAAACAGUUAAAGAAGAAGGAAUUUAUGGAGUAUUACCAUAUAUGGCACCAGAAGUUUUACGUGGACAACAAUAUACAAAAUCAGCAGAUAUUUACUCAUUUGGAAUAAUAAUGAACGAAUUUCUUUCUGAAGAAAUUCCUUUUAAUGAUAUUCCUCAUUAUGAAUUUUUAGCUAUUAAAAUAUGUAAAGGACUUAGACCAACAAUUUCUAAAGACAUACCAAAGUUACUUGCAGAUUUGAUAAUAAAAUGUUGGGAUGCUAAAAUAAAAAAUAGACCAACCACUAAAGAAUUGUAUCAACUAUUAAAGAAAUGGUAUGUUGAGAUUAAAGUUAUUGAAUAUAGUGAAGAUAGUACAAUAAUCAAAAUAGUGAAAUAUAUUUUCAAUUAAAAGAAUG